UCCCGUGCCAAGCGUCUCCUUCAGCAGAGCCAGCCACAGUGCGGAGCCCGCUCGCGGUGGAAAGUUGAGCCUCUUUGCCCGGUAGUGUCGUGCUGUUUCCCCGCUGUCAGUUCCUCUCUCUCCCCCGCAACGCUCCAACAUGCUUCUCCGCCUGCGGACAACAACGUGGGAUGUAUCCGCUCCGAGUGGAAACUAACCGCCGGCUCCGCUGCUGCUGCUGCUUGUGUCCGUGUUCAGGUCUCCUUCAGCCGGGGAAACUGAGCGUCUUUAUCCGCCGCCGCCACUUGAAUCCAUUUGUCCCACCGCCGCUGUCAUUUAUGGACCGCGGGAGCUCCGAGUGACCGUUUGGAGCCCAAUUCCCGUUCACGCACCAGCCGAAGAUGGAGACGGUGAUGGAGAGGGAGUGCAGCGCGCUGGGGGGGCUUUUCCAGACUGUCAUAGGAGACAUGAAGGGCAGUUCUCCAGUCUGGGACGACUUCAUCAGCAAGGCCAGCAAGCUACAGUCACAGCUCAGGACGACGGUCGUCGCGGUAGCAGCCUUCCUGGAUGCCUUUCAGAAGGUGGCCGACAUGGCGACCAACAGCCGAGGAGGGACCAGGGACAUCGGUUCAGCCCUCACCAGGAUGUGCAUGAGGCACCGCAGCAUCGAGGCCAAACUCCGCCAGUUCUCCAUGGUGUUUCUGGACUGCCUGAUCAACCCUCUCCAGGAGCAGAUGGAGGAGUGGAAGAGAGUCGCCAACACUCUGGACAAAGACCAUGCCAAAGAGUACAAGAAGGCCCGUCAGGAGAUCAAGAAGAGAUCCUCAGACACUUUGAAGCUGCAGAAGAAAGCAAAGAAAGCUGAUGUUUUUGGCCGCGGGGACCUCCAGCCUCAGCUGGACAGCGCCAUGCAGGACGUCAGUGAUAAAUACCUGCUGCUGGAGGAGACGGAGAAGCAGGCGGUGCGGAAGGCGCUGGUGGAGGAGAGGAGUCGCUUCUGCUGCUUUGUCUCCAUGCUGAAGCCUGUCGUGGAGGAAGAGAUGUCCAUGCUGGGAGAGAUCACUCACCUCCAGACUCUGACAGACGACUUAAAGACGCUGACGAUGGAUCCACACAAGCUGCCGGCCUCCAGCGAGCAGGUCAUCGUAGACCUGAAGGGCUCCGAGUGCACCUGGUCCUAUCAAACUCCGCCCUCGUCACCGAGCACCACCGUAUCCAGGAAAUCAAGCAUGUGCAGCAGCCUGAACAGUGUGAACAGCAGCGACUCUCGCUCCAGCGGCUCCCACUGCCACUCCCCCACCUCCCAUUUCCGUUACCGAGCCUCCUCCUCCUCCUCUUCCUCGGUGCUCCCCCAGCAGACGCCGGCCCGCCUCUCCUCCAUCUCCUCCCACGACUCUGGCUUCAUCUCCCAGGACGCCUUCCAGUCCAAAUCCCCAUCGCCCAUGCCGCCGGAGAGCUCACAGUCGUGUGUCUCUCCCUUACCCGAGGAGCCUUCCUCUUCCUCCUCUUCCUCACCCUCUCACAGCGAGCCCCGCUCUGGGCUACAACAGUUGUCGAAUGGUUUUGACCAUCACGCUGCCCUCUGUCUGCACGGAGUUGUACUGCAGGCCCAGGACCCCCAUCUCCACUCUCCAUUCUUCACCUCCUCCACCACUACCACCACCACCACCACCACCUCUCCCAUCUCUUCGCCCUCCUAUUCGUCUGUUUCCCCCACGUGGCCGUGGUCUCGUUCAGGCUCCGGCCAAUCGGGAGAGUUCCCGCCUCUCGGAUUGAUCCCGUCAUCCAGAGUCCCGUCCUGGAAGGACUGGGCCAAACCGGGCCCUUAUGACCAGUCAAUGGUCAACACCCUGAAGAGGAGCAGGGACAGGAGAGAGACUACAGAUCCCAGCAGCCACCACGGCGCCGACAUCUCCACAUCAGGGGAUGAGCCGCAAGGGGUUAAAGGAAGCCACUCUAUGACAUCGCCCAGAGAGGACAGGGAGGCCCACGAGGAGUUGGCCCGAGCGCUGGCCCGAGGCCUCCAGCUGGACAUCCACGGCUCCAGCAGAGACUCCCUGCAGGGCUCCAGCGGCUACAGCAGCCAGACCAACACACCCUGCUGCUCAGAGGACACCAUCCCAUCACAAGUAUCCGACUGUGACUACUACUCCAUGGGAGUGGAUCAGGAAGGCGAGCAUCAGCAGUCUUCCGACUUUGAUAAGUCCUCCACCAUCCCCAGAAACAGCGACAUCGGUCAGUCUUACCGCCGCAUGUUCCAGUCCAAACGCCCGGCCUCCACUGCUGGGCUGCCCUCCAACCCCUCUGCCGUAAUCACCCCGGGGGUCGCCACCAUCCGACGGACGCCGUCCUCCAAACCGAACCUGCGACGGCCCUCCGGGGGCCUUAGUUUGGGCCCCAUCCCCAUCAAGCCCCCCAUGAUCCCAGUCAAGACUCCCACUGUGCCUGAGCAUCCCGGUUUCCCCAGCAGGGCAGCAUCGGAGGAUGGCAACACACCGCGAACCCUGCUCAGCCCCGCAAACACCCCUUUGUCGCCAGGCAGCAGCGGGCCGCUGUCACCGAGGUCUGGCUCCUGGGAGACCCAGCACCAGAGCGAGGGCUCGGAUCCUCCCACCCCACCACCGCAGCCCGGUGGUCGCGUGUCAGAGUGGGAGCGCCAGCCGCUCCCGGAGCUCCUGGAGGAGACCGAAUACAGCGAGGUGGAGGAUUUUCUGGUGGCUAUCCGAAGAGGCGUCCGGCUCAAGAGAACGUCGACCAAUGACCGAUCGGCGCCGAGCAUUCACUGAGACUAAAAGGGUUUGGUUUGACUCAAGCCAUUUUGCGUCCCUGUCUGCAUUUCACCUAAUAUGCUCUUGAGGGGACACAAAAUGGUCAUUCACAAGUCAACGCCGGUGACAUCAAAUGGAUGCCGAGGAUAGGAAGAAGUUGCCCGGAGACUGAUACAGGAUCAGUUUUAAAAUUACCUAACACGACUUUGAAGGGAUAUUUGAUCAUGGUCAUUACAGAAAUGCUAAAUUAAACCUUUUUGGCCAAAGAGAAAUUGUUUAAAUGAGGGAUGACAAUCCCUCCAUUUGUGGUUUUGACAGUUUGUGAAUGUUGGUAGAGUUUUGGGUAUCACAGCCAAGUAUGUACAUAGUUUGAAAAGCUCUUUUCUGAACUGAUACAAAGUAAAGCGAAUCUAUCAAACUUUUUGUCCAGAUAUAAAAGUCAUCCAACAACAAUGUAUAUCGUUCGUAAAGUGUCAUGGACUUGUUCAGGCCAAGAAUUUCUCACAGUGCCACAUGUAUCGCUUGGGAAACUGGCGAAAGAAACCUGCAGCCCCUUACAAGUUGAAAACUGUCAGUAUUGCACUUGAACAAGGCCAGUUAAGUUCCCUUCGGAGGUUACUACUGGGAGCACUGGUGCUGAUCCGAGAUGAGUUCACCUGGGCAACUUCAGUAUAUAGAGAAGAGAAAAGGUGUGAAAGGACAUCCUUGGUAAACACGUUGUACAAGGUCACUCUUGUAGCAGAAACAAGUCAAAUGAAAGACGAAUUCAAUGUUAAUGUGUGUAGUAUUGGGAAGAAGUAACAAUAGAUGACAUAGGGGGAAAUUCUGGAAGGAUUGAUGGAGUAUUUUCAAAAGAUCAAAUCAUUAUUUCUAUGUACAUAUUUAUAUUUUGAUGUGUUUGUACGUUUUGUUUGUCAUACGGUCCUUUUACAUCCCCGUAGUCUCCCAUUUCCACUCAAAAGGUGCCAAAAGCCUGUGUGCUGAAUUUAACUUAAAUAUUCUCUAUUUAAUUGAAAUUAUGCUGGAUUUUAGUUUUUUUUUCUCUGUGAAAACAUAGACGGGGUGUGUGAUUAAGACUAACUGAAAGAAAAACUGAGCUUCUACGCAAACUGAAAGAGUAUUUGUUUGGGCAGCGUAUAGAAGGUCGGCAUUUACGACUAAGUAGGUAAAGUUAUUAAUACCACAUAAAAGUAGAUUGACCUGCAUGUUCUUAAAGUUUGCCCCAAUAUAAACAAUCGUUUUGGCUGUUCCAUGUAUAACACAGUUAGGCCCAUAAUAUCCCAGCAGUGGACAUUAACAGUGUCAACAGUAGUGGACCAGGAACUGUGGAUGCCUACAACGUGUUAAAUGAAGUCUGCUGUUAGCUGUACCAAAAAACAAUACCCUGUCGUCUAUCCUCCAAACUGAAAAUCAAAGAUAUUUUAGGGAUCAAUUGGAUCAAUAUUUAUUUAUUUAAUCAUUUUGUAAUUUGGUUUUUAUUGUUACAUUAUUUUUCACAGCCUUUAUUUUCUGUAAAGCACUUUAAAUGUUUUGAAAAAAACAUCUAAAAUGGAUGAAUAUUAAAACGAGACAAAGAAACAAUCAAUGACAGAUAUUACAACUAGAAGGGCACUCGUACAGUGCAGACCUCCGCCAAGGUAUGCCCUAUGUCGCAAUGUUAACGAAAGUGAAUAAUGGUUUGUGUUUCUGCCCCAUGAUUCGGAUCCACUCCGAAAUGUAAUGGGUUCUUUCCUUGCCCCAUGCUACACCCUUCUACCAAGAUUCAGGAAAAUUGGGGCAGUAGUUUUUCUGUAAUUCUGUUGACAGACAGACAAACUGAGCUGAAACUUAACCUGCUUCGCGGACUAUUAACGUUUGUUAAGUACUCCUGCAGACAGACAUUAUUUUGACUUUGUUGGCCUCCAGGUUCACUUAACCCUCUGUCCCGGUUCAUUGUUCAACUUCUAACAUGUUGCUAAUCUACCAACUAUGUAGCAACUGCGUGUUAGCAUACACUUCCAAAUCCAUGGUAGUAAUAGAGGUUGUUAUUACAGGUUCCGUGUUACUACUUAGCUAUAGUAAUUGGAGUAACGUGGAUUAGUGCAUUGGUCUGUUGUAGUGAAGCCAGUGUGCUGAUGGUGAGUUGUAUUUAGUUAGCACAGAUGUAAACGGUUGUGGACGAGUCACAGCUUCAGUGUUGGGACUGUGUGCUGCAGUUAAUCUGAUUACUUUAAUGAAUUAAACGGACUAAAACAAGCGGUAUGAAUGUUCUAAAAAUAAUGAUUAAGAAAAGAAACGUCAUAUUAAUUGAUAAUGAAAAUCAUUUUUAGCAUACUAAAAUGAAAAGCCAGAGACUGUUAGUUCACUUUCCCAAUACAGGCACAACUAAAAAGUGUAAUUUUUUUGGAAAGGGAACAGUAUGUAAACUGGUCCAAAAUCGAGCUUGAUUUAGUCCUAACCUGUCUGUGCUCACGAGCCGUCAAACACCAACUGUUCAGUAUUUAGAGUUUUUCAGGUGGUUUAACACUCUGGCAGCCAUGUUGGAGGUCUUCAGCUCUCUAGCAUGACUACAUUUGGUUGUCUCACAACAAUUCAAAGGACGUUUCAUAAGUUUAAAAAGUUUAGCUUAACAUCAAUUUAGCUUAAAUUUAUCAUUUGGACACUAGCUAAUGUACAGCCCUUAGUACAUUUACUCAAGUAUCUAUAUUUAAAGAGAUAUUUUGCUGAUUUAAAUUCAGCUCUGUGUCAUGGCAGUGUGUGCAGAUGAACUGUGUUAAACACACUGCUCACACAAACAUGACACAGAGCUGGAAAAUUGUUAAAGUAUAUGUUUACGUAAAGUACAAGUACAGGAAAAAUUGUACUUGUAUUUCCAUUUUAUCCAACUUUUUACUUCUACUGCACUAGAAUUUGGAAGCCUAUAUAUUGUACUUUGUUACUUCAUUACAUUUAUCUGACAACAUUAGGUACUUUGCUGAUUCAGAUCAAUAAUACAAAAAUAGUAUCAUAUCAUCAGUAUAUAAAUAUUUCUGCCCGGCGGCGACAAUCGAUCUAAAUUUGUCAGACUGACAACGUUUCUGAACAUUUCUACAGCUGUUUAACAACCAGGUUUUUCAGCUAGCGGAGAGCCAAAUCUCAACUAUAUGGACCUCUAUUAUGGCGCCAGAUUUGUGACCCAACUGAAAAUCCUCUAUUAGCUGCAUUCCCUGCUGUGCACUGAUAUUCAUGUACAACUGCGACAAAUAUAUAACACUGUAAUGGCUUGUAAUUACUAAAUGUCGAAUAGCCCGAUGAGUUAAAAAUCAAACUUGUGUCUGCGGGUAAUUAGCGUAACAAGCUGAAAUAGACAAACUUCCCUGUUGCUACUAAAUAAUAACUGUUAAUAGGGUGUCAUCACAAGUUAAAUUAUUUCUGUAUUUACUCAAUUAACCCAUUUAAUUUGUGGCUUUACGCAUUUCUAAACUCCCAACUGUCCUGUUGAGCGCUAAAAACAUAUUAACAAAUAUAUUUAUUAUGCAUGUUGGCUUUUCUUAGUUGAACAACACAUUUAAUAGUCUUUUUUUUCUACUGGAACUAAAAACAUUUCCUCAGUUGGUCUGCCUCUAGUGGACCAGAAUGCAUUUUAGAUGCCGUCCACGAUCUAAUGUGUUUCCCCACAGGGGUCAUUAAUGUUUCUGAAUUUGUGUGACAGCAGUUUGACACCCUGUAUGAUGACUAAAGCCUGUCUGUUUUAUAUCUGUUCAUUCAUUUUCCAAUGCAGGUUAACAAAUACCAUCGUGUAGCUGAUGCGAUAACAAGCGUAUGAAGCUGAAUGUUCGAGCCUGUGAGGACUCGGUGCGUGUCAUGCGAACACACACACACUUAGGAUUAGGAAAGUGAUUAUUAGGAGUCACAUCUUUUAGUAACAGAAAAUCAUUUGCUCAAUUAUGUCGAACAUUUUAAAGAACAUCUGGUCAGAAAACUCAAGUCAUUCUACACACAAGAAUCACUAGUCCAGUCCUCAGUGUGUGUGAAAGCCAUUUCUGUCUCUGAGCUGUAGGUAAAGCAGCUGUCAGUGUGUCCCUGCCCUUUAACAUUUAGGCUUUACUUUGAGACAAGUUGCCAAAUGUCCUACAGUACUACUAAAUUAUGCCGUGUUUUUUUCUUUCUUUCUUUUAUUGUAUUUUAUUCUCAUUAAGGUGUUUUUUCCAAUCUGGUUGAAGUUGUCACCUGAUGCAGCUACUUUAUCUCCAUGUAAAUCUUUAAAAUAAAAAGAACUAAAAUGACACUUGCAACUUAUUCUAUACCUUUUUAAAGUGGGGAAUAUCUAAACUUGGAAUUAAGGUAGCCUUGACCCGGGACUGAUAUUACACACUGAAACGUGAUCCUGGAUGGCCUUUUUAUGGAAAUUGGAUAUUUUGGUUACUCAGCAGCUCAGGAAAUCUGUUACAGGAGGAAUGUUGGAAAAAAUAUAUAUGAUGCCAGUCAGUUUCAUAGUUUAAAAAAAAGCAUGUUUUGAUAUGACCAAGAAAGGUCUCAUUUCAGUUUUAAAUGGGGAGAUCUUUCGUGGUUGCAGGUGUUGUCAGUUUACACCCUCCUGACGUUAUUCUUUUUCAAAAGUCACUACAAAGAUUGCCUAAUAUCUGGUCAGAUUGUAUUUUCAACUUCCUUUCUGUAAUGCAUUUUAAAAGCCUAUGAAUAAGUGUCCAGGUUCCAAUAGAUGGCCAUCCAGGACCAUCAUACUGUGUGGGAUGGUAUUAUGGUUCUGGAUCAGAGCUAGAAUUAGAGGCUUUUACUCCUUAGAUUUCAUUAACUCCUUUUCCCACAGCUGAGCCAAGACAAAUAUUAUUAAAACCUGAGAGCCACAGAGAGUUUGGAGGAUGGAAGCAAAACUCAAUAACCAGCCUAGACUUGCCCUAGUUUGCAGAAGGGAUUAAGGGAAAACUUUUGAGAAUAAGAGUAAGUACAGUAUUAAGGCCCCAGAGAACCAAAAAUGUUCUCAAUUAAAUAUAUGCACAUGAUGCUCCUUUUAGUUUAUUGACCUUCUGAAAAAGUAUUGUAAUGUUUUUCUUCAUUUGAUCCUCUAAAGUGCGUGGCCAUAAGGUUGAAAAAUUAAAAUCAAGGAAACUUGGAUUAACAGUUUGCUUUGAGCAGGACCUGCCCUGAUCAUGAUUUUGAUAGUUGAAUGCAUCAUUAUUUAUUAAUGGAGACAUACAAUCUAGCUGCUGAGAAUAUCAAAAAUAUUAUCAAAUAUUCCUCAAAAUUAGUAAAGCCUUUUUAUCCGAUUCCUGGUUCUUGGGUAAUAAUUUGGACGAUGAAAGCAUUUUUAAAUUUGGUUAUAAUCACCGCUCAACUACAUUAAUGACUGAAUGAAUAAGUGACUUUUUUUGUAAUUUUUAGCCAAUAUACAAAUAAAGUACCCUUUGUUUUUCUUGAUUUUAUCAAAAUGGCACACGAAUGUAAUUUUUUUUUAACGCCAACUCAGACAAUAACAUUUCCAUAAAAAGUUUAAGCUAAGAAAACAGAAAUGUUUCCACAUUUAAUUUCAGUCAUUUUUGCCCAGAAACUUUUCCUGAAAAACAUCACCAGAUAUGAUGUUCAUCACUUCCCCUAUCCAUUAAUAACAGAGUUUAUUAAAUUUUUAAACAGAGGAUAUUUUAGGACUCGUUACCCGGAAGGUAUCCAACAUAUUUAUUUCUGUGGUACUAGAAGUUACGGCAAAAUGUUUUUUUUAUGUUAUUACUGGGCCGACCUGUUUCUUUACCUCAGGCUCUGAGAAUCUUGUACCUUAUGUUUAAUGUUCAGUUUCAGAAUAUACCAACUGUCUCCUAUUUUCUGUGUAUACCAGCCGUUUAGGCUAAAUAAUAAAAUCAUAGCAUAAGAUGUGCA